UCGAUCCACGGCUAAUUGAACUAUUUGCAGCUGAAAGUUCAUCGGCUGUGCAUUGCAUCAGUCAGCACAGACAACAGUACUUUUAUAAUUAUACUUAUUCUGUGCUACAAGUGAUUCAAGUGAUACAAGUUCUGUUUGGAUAUCUUGAGUUGUGAUUGACGUGAACUGUUGAUGAUUGAUGACAUAGAAUUCGGCCGAAUUCUCGCAAAAAUCUGUUCACAUUACAGAAGGACAAACCCAUAGUUAUCAACAAUGCACGAAGCCCCAGAAAGUAAUGUGUCAGCGAUGGUAGAAUGUCCAGAAAUUAAUGUAUCAACAAUGCCUGAAAGUACAGAAAAUAAUGCACCAAUAAUACUACCAAGUCUAGAAUAUGAUGUAGCAAUAAUGCAAGAAAGUCCAGAAAAAAGUUUAUUUACGUUACUUGAAAGUCCAGAAAAUGAUGCCCCAAUAAUUCUACCAAGUUUAGAAUUUAAUAAUUUACCGAUGUCGUUAGAAGUUCCAGAGAUUACUGUAACGAAUUCGUUGGAGGAGAACCGUCCAACUCCGCCACGACGAUUUAGAAGAAAAAGAGAGUUCACUCCAUCAGAAUAUAGUGAUGUUUCAGGAGAUGAGAUUCCUACUGCUCCUGAAAGAAGCAAAAGAAAAAAUCGUACCAUAGAGAAACUACCGGAUAAGGUGCUGCUGAAUAUAUUCUCGUAUCUAUCUCAUCGGGAGAUAUGUCGCAUGGCCACGGUGUGCAAGCGAUGGCGGAUGGUCGCGUACGACACCAAGCUGUGGACGCACGUCAGCUUGCGACCUGAAAUAUCUGGACUGCAUGUAGGUUCUCUGGAAUCUCUGCUGGCGUUGAUAUCAAUAAGAUUCGGCCCUUCACUGCGGUACAUCGAGCUGCCCAUAGAACUGAUCACACACACGGUACUGCACGAGUUGGCCUCCAAAUGCCCUAACUUGACACACAUGCUGCUGGAUUUUAGUACAGCUAUGCAGCUCCACGACUUCUCAGAGAUGCAGGCGUUUCCGACGAAACUGCGUUACUUGUGCAUUUGUCUGUCAGAGGUCAUCUUCAUGGAGGGCUUCAUGAGGAAGAUAUACAACUUCAUCAAUGGAUUGGAAAUAUUACAUCUUAUUGGAACAUACGAGAAGGUGGAAGAAGAAGAGGAGGAGAUCUACGAAGUGAUCAACGUUCACAAAUUGAAGUCGGCAACACCCAACCUGCGGGUUAUCAACUUGUACGGCAUCAACUUUGUGGACGACUCCCAUAUUGACGCGUUCAGCUCCAACUGCAUACAAUUGGAGUGCCUCGCAGUAAACUACUGCAAUAAAGUGACGGGUUCAACCAUGAAGACGCUGUUCCAACGCUCACGGAGACUGACUUGCUUGCUUAUGAAUGGAUGCAGUUUACAAUCUGAAUACGUGAUGCAAGUGGAAUGGGAGAAGUCCUCCAUCCUUGAGUUGGAUGUGACGGCGACAGACCUGUCUACUGAGUGCCUGAUCGACAUGCUGACCAGGAUCCCCAACCUGAGGUUCCUGAGCGCGGGACAGAUCAACGGCUUCAAUGACACUGUUAUUAAAGCAUGGAUAGAAGCUGGAACUGCUAGGAACCUAGUAGCUCUGGACGUGGACUCUUCAGAUAACCUAACAGACGAGGCUCUGCACCGGUUCUUGUCCCGUCACGGAAGCCAACUGUGGGGCCUGGUGCUGAGCGGCAUGCCGCACAUAACUGACCAGCUGUGGCAGAGCGUGCUGCAGUUAUUGACUAAUGCCAAGAUCCUCAUCAUGGGGACGCAAGAGAGACUUGGUGUCAACAUCCAUGUUGAUCAGCUAAUGGACGGAAUAGCCAACAGCUGCCCCAACUUAGAGCGUCUCGAACUCCGCUGGGAUCCAGAGAACCUCCGUUUCAGCGAUAAGAGUCAAAAGGCCAUAGAUAUCCUGCGCGUCAAGUGUCUCAAGCUCAAGUGCUUAGUGCUCAGCGAUGGCCGUUACUAUGAAAUCGUGAAGGCGAACUUCGAGCGCGCAGAUCGCACCACAGUUGUGAGAACGUCCACCAACUGCAGAGUUUCCAACUACUACCUCUUGUCUAAUUACAAAGACCUUAUAUUCAAUUGAUACUUUUUAAUUAAAGUACAAAACUAUGGACUAAUACGUAGAUGAUACCCGCGAAUUCCUCCGCGUGGGUUUCAGUUUUUAAAAAUCCCGUGGGAACUCUUUUUUCAGGAUAAAACCCCUGUCCUCUCCACAUCAGGUGGGAAUGGCAGUUUUAUUAAACCCAUACUCCAUAUCGGUUUUUAUAAGGCAUCGUACCGGAACGCUACAUCGCUUGGCGGCACGGCUUUGCCGGUAGGGUGGUAACUAGCCACGACCGUAGGCCUCCUACCAGACCAAUGACAAUUUAGAAAUUUUAAAUUCCGAAAAUCGAACCCAGAGCCUCCCGCUAGGACAGAGUUUUUUUUUUUAAAUAUACUUACCUCCCGAGACUCAGCGCAUAACUGCAUCCACGCCUGAUGGUAAGUGAUGUAUGCAGCCUAAGCUGGUGCAUUGCCAUAGAUUAUGAUAAAAAAGUCAGUAAGACGAAUUCUACUGUCUAUGAUGGUUUCCUAUUCCCUUGUUCACUCUUUAAUUUAAUCUUGUGUAAGAUAUAGACUUCAAUAGAAUGCAAUUUUACAUACCUAGAUUAAUUCAGCAAUCGUUGGCAACGCUAUGUAUCUACUAUAUUUCAAAAUGGCUACUGGCCAAUUCUCAUGUUUACUUUUUAUAACAGCAACCAAUUCUGUAUCUUAAAAUAGUAAUCAUAAGACGUAGAUACCUAGGUAUAUUAAAAUAAUGCAAUGGAUUAAUAUCAUUAAUUGUUAAACGUUACAAAAAUAUAUUUUGUUGCGAAA